UGUCAUUUUGCUCUCAUCUUGCUCUCCUUUGCUCAGAGUCAUGGCACAUUUAACGCUAUCCGGUAUUGCCAUCUUAGGAGCUGGGCUCUUUGUAGCCGAAGCCUAUCUACCUGCCCUUGCUACUCUAGGUCCAACUUCUUUCUCGCUAAAGGCGGUCUAUUCACGAUCGGAAAAGAGCUCUAGCGAAACCGCCCAGAAUGCAGCAAAAAUUCUAGGUCUUUCUUCUUCUCCUGACGUAUACUUUGAUGGAGAUCACCCGAACAAUCUGGAUGCUCUUCUUGCGAGAUCUGAUAUAGCUGCUGUCAUUAUUGCCCUGCCCAUUACAUUGCAACCAGAAAUUGUUGUGAAGUGUCUUCUGGCAGGGAAACACGUCCUGAGCGAAAAACCUGUUGCUCCUGACGUUGCACGAGGUCUUAAAUUACUUGAGGAUGCGGAACCCAUCUGCCAACAGUACGGUCUUGUUUGGCGUGUUGCCGAAAACUUUGAGGCUGAACCUGUUUAUCGUGCUGCUGGCGAGACCAUACGAUCUGGAAAGAUAGGAAACGUCAUAUUUUUCAAAGCUUCAGUCGUCAAUUUCAUCGACAAAACCUCCAAAUGGUAUAAAACUCCUUGGCGCACAGUACCUGACUAUCAAGGAGGCUUUUUGUUAGAUGGUGGUGUCCACACAAUAGCGGCGCUCCGCACGAUGCUUCCCGAACCAUUCACUCAUUUAUCUGGCUUCGCUUCUUUGAACAAGGAAUAUCUCUCACCUCACGAUACAGUCCACUGUGUUGUCCGGGCUCAGUCCCACUAUCAUGGAAUCAUUGAAAUGACCUUUGCUUCACCCACUAAAUCAAUCCCCGCUGCAGAGAAUCUCGUCAUCACAGGUUCAAAGGGUUGGCUUGCUUGCAACUCGACUUCGGAAGGAUUUAAGAUUGUGGUAAAGGUUGUGGAGGAAAAAGAAAGCGGGAAAACAGGAGAAGAAGCGGAGUAUAAGGAGAAAGAGGAAAUCAUAAGCUUCCCCCGAAAGGGUGUGGAAACCGAACUUGCAGCUUUCUUCGACGCUAUCGGCAGGCAAGGGACGGGAGAAUCUGCUUUAGAUAUAGGUAAUCCAAGGGAGGCAUUAAAGGAUGUUGCGUUCAUUCAGGCAGCCUUGAAUAGCGAAGGUAACUUGAUAGAUCUUCUCGAGCUCAUUCAAGCGUCUUCCUAGGUAUGAGCUCCAAAUUUCCACAUUAUCUUUACUAUAUGUUCCCCAGGAUCUUUGUAUAUAUACUGUAGGUGCAUCGAAUUAUGUGCGUUGAAUUUGUGUAGCGAGAUAUCUCCGUAGCGAUCAUCCUUCUAGUUCCAACACCUCGCAUUCAUUUGACAUGAAUGGGUGUCAUCCUCGACGGAAAAACACAGGAAAAAUCGACCUCAGUUGGUGUCAGAAGACUUGACUCCAUUUAAGCUGUAAAGAACAUCCUGUGAUGAUGGUAUAGUUCGCGAGAUGAGCUCUAAUGUUGUGCAACUUGCAGAGUGGUGGUGUGAGUAUCUGAGGCCGUAUUGCAAGGCUUACAGAUAUAAGCUGUUCACGGAAUAAGUAGCCGGAUUUGCACCCGUACGGUAUUGAGUGAAUAAAAAAGUGACA